UGUAGAAGAAGAAGACGUAGACAAAAGUUGAUCAACUUCAUGUCAGUGAAGUAAAUUUUCUACGUUCUGUUAUUUUGUGCGCGUCCCUCUUUUUAUCAAGAAAAUGGAGAUAUUUUGAAGAUAUUUACUCUAUGUUAGGGAGGGAAACAGAGGUUUGCGAUAAGUUAUGUUAUGAAUUUGUGAUUUAUAUCAUUUAUAGCGUAAGUGCAGAGACUGAUCUACCUCAAUAAGUAACCAACUGUAAUCUCGGUAAAAAGGUAUCAGAAAUGGCGGAAGUAAUAUAUCCUCCAGGAUGUCGUCCAAUUAGUGAAGAUUUGAAUACGGAUGAAUUAAUCCGACGUUUAAAGACACUUGCUCAUACUUUGCAAGCUAUGGGACAAGAUGACGGCGCUUAUAAGCAGUAUAUUCCGUUGUCCCUUCACCUUGCAGAGGAACAGUUUUUAUCUCACUCUUCUCGAGAUGUACAAUUGCUUAUAGCUUGUUGUAUUGCAGAUGUUCUAAGAGUAUACGCACCUGAAGCACCCUACAAAGAUCCAGAACAGGUCAAAACAAUCUUCUUAUUUCUUAUCACACAACUAUCUGGUUUAAAAGAUCCUAAAGACGCAGCCUUUAAGAGAUAUUUUUACUUACUGGAAAAUUUAGCUUACGUAAAAUCUUUUAAUAUGUGUUUUGAGCUACAGGACUGCCAAGAGAUAUUUUGCGCACUUUUUGAUCUCAUGUUUAAAAUAGUUAACGAUGAGCAUUCAGGAAGAGUUAAAAGUUUUAUGUUGGACGUCCUAUGUCCGCUCAUAUCUGAGAGUGACAUGGUUAGCAAUGAUCUUUUAAAUAUUAUAUUAAUAAAUAUCGUAGAACCAAAUAAAAGUCAACACAAAAAUUCCUAUUUUUUAGCUAAAGAGCUAAUAGUUAAAACCUCGGAUACAUUAGAACCUUAUAUUCAAGCAUUCUUCAAUCAAGUACUGAUUUUGGGAAAAGAAGAUAAGAAAUUACAUAUAUGCGGCAAAGUGUAUGAUUUAAUUUAUGAAUUGAAUCAUAUAAGACCACAGAUUUUAUUGGCAGUAUUACCCCAAUUGGAAUGCAAGUUAAAAAGUCCCCUGGAAAGUGAUAGAUUAGCGGCUGUAGCUCUUUUGGCUAAAAUGUUUAGUGAAAAAGAUUCGGAACUCCCUAGGCGUCACACAGCAUUGUGGAGAGCGUUUCUGGGUAGAUUUAAUGAUAUUUCUAUUGCUAUUAGAACAAAAUGUGUCCAGUACUCCAUGCAUUUCCUUCUUAAUCACCCUGAUCUGAGAAAGGAUAUUACAGAGACUUUAAAAAUGAGACAACAUGAUUCAGAAGAGAAUGUUCGAUAUCAGGUCGUUAUGGCUAUUGUGACAACAGCAAAGAAUGAUUUUCAAGUAGUUUCUGAUUCGGAAGAUCUUCUGGAAUUUGUCAAAGAAAGAACUUUGGAUAAAAAAUUUAAAAUAAGAAAAGAAGCAAUGUCUGGUUUGGCUCUUAUAUACAAAAAGCAUUUAAGUGAUCCUGACGUACCUAAUGCAACAAAGAAAGCCGUUACUUGGAUAAAAGACAAAAUCUUACAUGGGUAUUAUAUGGCGGGUAUAGAAGAUCGCUUAUUGGUGGAAAGAUUACUAAAUACUUGCUUAGUUCCUUAUCAACUUGCAGCAGCAGAAAGAAUGAAAAAACUUUACCACCUUUUAGGUACAGUAGAUGAUCAUGCAAGUAAAGCUUUCUUAGAACUUCAAAAGAACCAAUUGUUUGUAAGAAAGUUAGUACAAGAAUUUUUAGAAUUACAUAGGCGAUCUGCGAAUGGUUCUAAUGAUGUACUAAAAGAAUUAUAUACAAGAAUCCAAAAUUUAUCCAAGUGCUUACCGGAACCUGUUAAAGCACAUGAAUACCUAACAAAAUUCAGUAAUCAUUUAAGGAAAGAUACGUCACUUUGGGAACAAUUUGACAUAAUAGUAAAACCAUCAGUUACUUGUAAGGAAUGCUCAGAAGCUACUGCUGCAGUUCUUAGAAAGUUAGGUGCACCAGUUAUGACAAAUUUAUACUACAACACCAUAAAAAUGGUAUUAGAACGCAUCAGCUCUGUGAUGAUUGACCAUGAAGCAUUAAAGCUAUUAAUAGGUUAUGUUGAAGAUUGCUUGAAAGGUGGAAACAGUAUUGAAGAAAUUGGAUUGCAUCCUGCUACUGCUGGCGAUAGGGGCCUCAAAUUGCUCGUUAUGCUGAGUGUAGUGUUCCCUUCUCAUUUUCAGUAUACUGAUAUUUUAGAACAGCUACUGGACUUACUUAAAAUGGAUGACGAGAACAUUGCACCUUUGGUACUGUCUGUAUUCACAUUUUUGGGGAAAUACAAGUGUUUGUCUGAAGAUUUUCCUACAGUGAUGAGCCGUUUAGCUCCAAUUUGCAAAGAAUUUGCCCAGACUGGAACCCCUAAACAAGCAAAGGGUGCCAUUCAGUGUAUAUAUAAAAAUAUGCCAGAGUUAUAUGAUAUUCUUUUUUCAAAUAUUUUGGAGUCAGUGAAGAAUAAUUUAACACCUGAAUCAUCUCAUUAUAGAACCGCUAUAGUUACUCUUGGACAUAUUGCUUUCAAUAUUCCAGAACGUUAUAAAGUUCAAAUCAAAAAUAUAGUAUCUAGAAAGAUUGUAAAGGAACUGCUUGUAAAAGAAGCAAAAGAAAUUGAAGUAGAUACAUCUGAUGGCGAACCUUGGUGUAGCGAAGAAAACUUACCAGAAGAAACAAGAUGUAAAAUAGAAGGUCUGAAAGCUAUGGCAAGGUGGCUUUUAGGCCUUAAACAAGAUACAGCGUCUGCCCAGAAGACAUUUAGAAUGCUUAAUGCGUUUAUACUACACAAAGGUGAUUUACUACAGUCCGGUCGUUUAUCUAAAGCUGAAAUGUCAUGGUUAAGAUUGGCCGCUGGAUGUGCUAUGUUAAAGGUGUGUGAACAAAAAGGCGUAGGGGAUCAAUAUACCGCAGAGCAGUUUUAUAAUUUAUCACAACUUAUGACAGACGAGGUCAAACAGGUUCGAGAAAUUUUUGCCAACAAAUUACACAAAGGAUUGAAUAAAGGGUUGCCAAACAAGUGUCUACCUUUGGACUUCAUGGGAUAUUACGCUCUCUCCGGUCGUGAACCAGAAAACCGUUUGCGUACAACCAUAAAAAACUACAUGAUAGCAGAUAUAAAUAGAAGAAGAGACUAUGUAAAAUCUUUGACUAUGGGUGGCACAGGACAAGCUGACAAGGCUGUAAGCCAGUUGCCGCACAUUUUACCGGAUUAUAUGCUUGUUUUUGCCAUACCAAUAUUGGCUCACGAUCCACAUUUGACCAAAUGGGACGAUGUUCAGGAACUGACGAAGGCCAAACAGUGUCUUUGGUUCAUUUUAGAACCUUUAGUUGUUAAAAGUGAUUAUUUUAGUUACGGAUUUUAUAAAAAUUUAAUAGAAAAAAUGAAAAAUCAUAAGGAUGCAGUUAGGCCUGAUGAUGAUUCAAUAAAUUAUAAAUUAUGGGCUCUUUGUGAUCUGGCGUCUGGUCUCCUGCUUACCAGGUCGACAAACUACGAUUUAAAAGAUUUUCCAAGUGACGCACGCAUUCCAUUAAUGUAUUUUCAGCACCAACCAGAUUUUUGUAACACCAAGGUGUUUUUACCUCCUGAACUACAGUAUCAACCAAAUCUAAAAAACGCUAUAACGUUAAAUAUGCUCAAUGAAAGGCAAAAGAAGCCAAAAACUAAGAAACCCGAAGGAUGUGGACCCCUUGGUACAGAUGUUCAACCUUCAGAAGCUUCAGACACAAAAAUACAACUCCCCGGUUUGGAGGAAGAAAUUAAUGAGCCGCCAGCAAAGAGACUGAGAGAAAGAAUAAAAUUGGACGUUGAUAAGUGAGAGUGUAUAUAAAAACUAAAAUAUUGUGUGAUCUUUAGAAAACACAAAUUGACAAGAUCCAAUAGUGCUUUUUCAGUAACCUAUAUUUUUUUCAGAAAUAUUAUUUUAAAGUAUACUAUCUUCAGUGUGGUUACAUAAUGCACCACUUCUGAAAAUUCAUUUUUAGUCAAUCGAUAAAUUAUAUUCAAACAGCUAACAAUUUUACAGAUUUAAUGGAAAUUUCUUCGCAAAUUGUUUUUAGAAUUGCCAUGAUGGAAUAUCCUAGCAAUAUUUGCUGGUAAAAUGUAUUAAUGGAUAUAUCCAAAUCAAAAACUGUAUUACCGUUUUUAAUAUAUUUGCUACUGAGGUCCAUUUAAGAACAAAUUAUUUUUUUAUUUUCACACAUUUUGUACUUACUGUAUUAAAUUAUUGUAUAAUAAAAAAGCAAUUUUAGUCUAUUUAGUAAUUUCAAAAGUCAAUAAAGAUACUGGAAUCGUCUAAAACACCUUGAUUGUAUUAGUUUUUACAUUGAUUACAUAAUUUAGAAUGUCAAAAGAAUAAAUAGUUGUAUCAAAUUUUUGAUAUUUGGAUAAAAGUAUAGCAACAUAUUGCUUUUUUAUUUAAAUGGGAAACAAGUUGUCCGAUUAUUUCUGGUUAAGAGUAUUUAUAUAGGUAUGAUCUCUAAAAUCACAGCAAUAUUUCAGAACUUAAAAAAAAACUUUAAUAACGUUUAAAAUAAAUAUUUAUGAUUAUAAAAUAUUGACGAAAAUGAAUGCGACAAAAGUAAAGCAAUACAUUUUAA